CACCAGUAAUGAACCGUGGCUGAGCCAGGUAGACAUCUUUCAAGUGCGCACGAUCUCUGCAAGUGACAGACCUUCGCGGAGGGCCAUAGACAGCGCUAUUGUUAACUUUUUCAUACAGUCUUUACUCGCUCACGAUCACCAUCUACCCUAAUCAUGCCUCCAAAAAAGCAGAAUAUGCCUUCGGGUUCGAAGGUCAAGGAGGACAAGACUUUUGGCAUGAAGAAUAAAAAUAAAUCUGCCAGGGUCCAGAAACAGGUGCAGAUCUUGCAGCAGCAGCAAGCCAUGACUGGCAAGUCCAAGGAAGCGGUCGCAAAGGAGAAAGAAAAGGAACUACGCGAGAAAGCGAAACUCGACGAGGAGAAGCGGAGGAAAGAGGAAGCUGCUAUGUUCAAGCCUGUUCAGACGCAGAAGGUACCUUUCGGAGUCGAUCCCAAAACGGUGCUUUGCGCUUUCUACAAAGCCGGAAACUGUGAGAAGGGUAAUAAGUGCAAAUUCAGCCACGACCUCAAUGUUGGCCGCAAGGUGGAGAAGAAGAAUUUGUAUGAAGAUAGCAGGGAAGACAAGCUGAAAGAUACUAUGGAGAACUGGGACGAAGAGAAGCUACGGAAUGUAGUCUUGUCGAAGGCCGGCAAUCCUAGAACAACAACAGACAUCGUGUGCAAAUUUUUCAUCGAGGCCAUCGAGACUCAAAAGUUUGGGUGGUUCUGGGAAUGCCCUAAUGGCAGCGAAAAGUGUCAAUAUAGGCAUGCCUUGCCUCCUGGGUUUGUGCUCAGAUCGGAGCGCAAGGCAGCUGAGGAUGCGGCGAAAGCUAAUAUCAUCAGCCUGGAAGAGUUCCUUGAAGUUCAGCGCCACAAACUAGGGUCAAAUUUAACUCCAGUCACUCCAGAGACUUUCGCGAUAUGGAAGAAGACUAGAAUGGACAAGAAAGAAGCUGAGACGGAUGCAAUGCGGAAAGCGAAAGAGACGCAACAUGCGGCUGGUAAGAACUCGGGCAUGAGUGGGCGAGAUUUGUUCCAAUACAAUCCAGAAUGGUUCGAAGACGACGAAGAAGAAACGGAAGACUGGGAUCUAUCGGUAUACCGUCGGGAGCAAGGCGACUCGGAAGAUGUUGCAAGGGUUGAAGACGACGCUCAAAACGUCGGGAUAUAUGAUGACGAUGGAGGAGAUGACGAUUCUGGGGGGCCAUCAUCAGAUGGCACGUAGAAUAUCUAAGAUAUUGUGUGCUUUACUUCAGGAAGUCAUAUGCAUUUACCCUUGUCACUUGAGAGUCACGGUUGUACAUAAGAA